AAACGGAACCAGGAGGGGAGUCGCAGGAUUAUACCAACUUAACUUAGACAAAUUUGGGGCAUGGAGAUCCCGGUAGGUCAGUGCUAAAAUUAGAGGCUGCUCCUUCCGCGACAGCAGCCAAAGUGCGAUGCAUAAAGUCAUGUAAACCAGGGGGAUACACUAUCACAAGGGCUGGCAGUAAAGGCAAGUUUUCCAUGGGUGACAUUUAACGCCGCACGCUGACUGAGGAGGCUGUGUGCGUAACGCAGGGACAGCGCUGGAUCUACACUGGCCGCUGCUGCGCAAACCAUGAGUAUUUGGUAGUGUGUGUGUGUUGGGGUUUUUUUUUAAAUUAUUUUAUUUUAUUUUUGGAGACGCCAUAUGUACUCUCAGCGCGCAGCUUCUCUGAGUGUGCACUUCUGCAAAAAUGUCUUUUUUAUCCAUACCGAGUCAAGAGGGGCUUUUCACCACGAUUAAAUCGGGCAGAUCAGCCGAGCAGGCAGAGAGCAGGUCCCCCAUGUGCGACGCGGAUAACAAUGAUGAUGAUGAUGAUGAAGAUGAUGACACCGAGGACGUCCACCUCAUCCCAAGAUGCUCCCCGGUUCCCCGAAAGCGAGGCGCGUCCAUCUACGACGAGACUGCUGAGUAUAUGCGGAUCCACUUGGCGCUGUCUGCCGGAAAGAGAGUGUCAUUUGCUGAUACAACAGGUGGGGAUCUGGUGGAUGUGAAGGAAUUUGUCGCGUUUGAUUCGGACGAGGAAGAGGACAGCGCAAGGUGGGAAGAAGAGGAGGCAAAGUACCGUAAGCCCGAGCGAGUGCCGACCUAUAAGGUGCAGCCAGAGUUUCACGCACCUGCCGUCAGUGCCCUGCUGCAGGCUGUGCACAAGAACAAAGUGGAGGUUGAGCAGAUGUCUCCAGUAGAGAAUGAGCCACUUGCCUUCAGUGGUUUAAUACGAGUCCUGAACAUCUCCUUCCAUAAAGCAGUUUAUAUCAGAUCGACCAUGGACAACUGGGCUACUUACUUUGAUCACCCAGCAGAGUAUGUCCAUGGAUCUCAUGAUGGGGACACUGAUCAGUUCUCCUUCAAGCUAUCCUUCGCACCACCUUACAUCACACAUGGUUCUCGCAUCGAGUUUGUCGUUCGCUAUGAAACAUCUGAUGGUGAUUUCUGGGCUAAUAACUCCACUAUGAAUUAUGUGGUAACUCUGCUCCUGUCCUAUGAAGACGAUUCAGCUCAAACAGACAAAGACAUACAACAAUUAAGAAGUAUCCUGAGACCUCCAAAAGCUUACAGUAUGAAUGAUGAUUUAGAUUCAGAGGAUGAGCAAGAAAAGGAAGAAGCAAAAGAAGCAGGGACCUCCAAGUCAGGACUUGUCAGACCUACAGCUGUCUGCCCUGUCAUUGUGCAGCCGGAGAUUGACAUAGAGAUUGCAGUUCACCCAUCUGGUCCCUCGGUCCCACCCAACCAAGAGUUUCCAUCUGCUGAUGGCACACUGUCCGCUCACAUUGUAUCCCCAGGUGAACGAUUCCCUUGUACGUCUUCCGAAACCACGCUUCAAACUAAUUCAUCCUUUGUACUCUGUGCCAGCGAAUCAGUCCAGCCAAAUAAGUCACAGCCUUUACCCAGACUCCACUGUGAAUUAGGAAACCAAACGUCAGAGAAGCCCACAGACAGUAGUCCCUCUGCACUGCUGCCUUCUCUACAUCAAGAGUCGAGGCUGAGAUCAGACAGUUCCCAGGCUGGCGGAGAGGAAAUCCCUCCUUCAGAGGCCUCUUGCAUGCAUCUUCCUACCACAGAGACAAAUCUGCAGCCAACAGAAGAGGACAAAUCAACAGAAAACCGAGCUGGUCGUCCUUGUCUUGAACUGUCUGCCGUGUGCGUCUCUGCUCCCAGCGUGACUCAGGGCUUUGAGCGAGAGGUUGCACUGGGAUCGAGUGAACUUGUUGCAGGAUUAUCAGAAGGUUUCACCGGGUCUGCAGCAGCACAAUGUGAAGGCAGUACGCCCACGCUCCUGUCUCCUGUGGCAGAGAGUCUAGCAUCUCUGGGAGCAGAAGGUGAAGCUCCACCAUCACCUGAACUCACAGAGAAUGCCUCAGUGAGUACAGGUGUCACUGAGGCGAGCCAAAACUUCUCAGCUUCUCAGUCUGUCUCGGCCUGGGAAGAGAAGGAAGAUGCUUCCCAGAUUUCCCCUGACACAUUAUUAGAGAAUCUAUCAAACACAUUGUCAGAAGCUUCUGAGCCCCAGUCUGAGCAUGAUGUAAACCGGAAUCUGAUGCCAUCCGUCAUCUUUCUGAGCGGAGUUGUCUCCCUCUCGAUAGUGAUGCAGGAACCCAGUGCCCUUUUCUUCAUUGGACUGCUUCUGGUCUUGCACCAUUUGUGAUUAUGCCACAAAAGUUCCCUCUAAAUCGUCCUCAAGUUAAGUGCCUUUUCAUGAUUCCAAAAGAAGCCAUCAAGUUCAAGUUGUGUAUCACUGUGUGAGUUUUUAGAUUAAUAUAUAUUUUCAUCAAAAGAAAGACAUACUGGGUACAAUGUAUGAGUAUCUUCAUGUCCAAGUCCAUAUCUUGGAGACAGUUAUUAUAAAAAUAUUGGUGAUAUUUUCAUGCAGUCUGUCAAAGUGUAGAGUAAUAGAAAAGUUAUUACCCCAUCUUUACAACAUCGUUGUGAUCACUCUGAUAUAAAAUUGCAGUAUAUUAUCACAGUGUUCUGUAAUUACUUUUUUUGUGUCAUGUGGAGAUGUGUGUAUGUGGUGUUAUAUUCUGAUUUAUUCAAUCAGCACUAUAAUGCACUUGUGUUUUUUUUUUUUUUUUUUUUGUGAUUGUUGUUGUCAGUGUGUAGUUAAGGUUGUUGUCUAGCCACACUGCCAUGAAUUUAACUUUUGAGAAUUCCAUUUGUUAUUAUGUCUUUAAUGAAGGACAAAAACAAAAAAACAUUACCACAGCUGGACACUGAAGAGACUUAUAAAUGGAAUUUUGUUUACAAAAUGCAAAAGCAAAACCUAGAGUAUUUUGCCUUAAUGCUUAACAAACAAAAACCUGAUGACCUUUAGUAAACAUCAGAUUGAAAGUGAUGCUGCCCGAGAGACAAAACAAGUGGAAAAUUGUCCAGUGUGACAUGUGAAAAUGAUAUCUUAUAUCUAAUCAUUAGAGAACAGCCUCCUCAUUAUUGCAUAUUUCAUUUGAUAAUCCUUCCUGUUGAUUCUCGCAACUGUUGUUGCUGCAUAAUAUAAAAUUUUAUAGCACAAUUUUGACAACCUCACAGACAGACUGAGGCACUGUAUGACAUGUUUGAAGUGAUGAAAGUUUUUUGCAGUGUAUUGCCAUUAAACAUGGUCUUACACCCUGUA